AAACCACCACAAGAAGAAAGUGUUAUCCAAUAUCCCAUCAUAGAGCUUUAAUAAAUGGAACCCAUUUCCAUCUUCUGCUCAGGAAAAUGGAAAUCUCAGCGCAGCCUCUUUCCUUCCCCAAGCUUCCAAUUCCAAGGCCGCCUUCUUCGUCUUCGUCUUCUCCCCUCUUCUUCCACUUGAGACCGUCUGCCCCUUUUCUUGGCGGCGUCAACAACUCACCCAUAAAAUUACAGUGUAUUAGAAGCAAAGCAACACACGGGAGGAGCCUCGUUGCCAUAAAUGCUUCUGGGUCUCAAGCCACUGCAACAGAUAAUGCUGAAAGAUGGCUUCUUGAGCCUGUGGGUGAUGGUGACUCGAGACACUUAGGUUUCAAAGUUUCGAUGCCAGGUGCAUUUGAAAUAGCUUCGAAUGAGGUCACUGUUGGGCGUCUCCCUGAGAAAGCAGAUAUGGUCAUUCCCGUUGCAACAGUAUCUGGUCUGCAUGCGCGCAUUAAGAAGAAGGAGGGGAGUCUUCUGGUGAUGGAUUUGGACAGCACAAAUGGCACAUUCAUUGAUGACAAACGGCUCAGACCUGGUGUUGCUGCUACAGCAUCAUCUGGAAAUUGCAUUACCUUUGGUGACAUUCAUCUGGCAAUGUUCCGUGUUUCGAAGAUAGGGAAUGUGGAAACUGCUGGCGAUUCGGAAGAUUCUGAAGCUAAACCAGAAGCAGAAGAAAGUGAAGAAUCAAUAGAUAAUCCAGAAACUACUACAAGUUAAAUUUCUGGACACCCUUUGUAAACAGCUCAGUCAGUACUUCAAUUAUCCCCCCAGCCUUGCAAGAAUUGUUUUUUCACUUUGAUAUUUCUUCUCAACCAUUUUGGUCCCCAAACACACGUCUCUGUCAUACUGAAUUAACGAUCGGGAGAUCUAGAUUUCAUGUAGCCGAUAUCUCCAUUUCUGUUCAAAUGGAUAGAUGUUUCUGGCAGCUAAUGUGAGCCCCAGAUUAUGAGAUAAUUAAUUGCAUGUA